AUGCGGCAGCACCGAAGUCGCCGGCAAUUGGGUCACUUCUGGAGCCGCCAGCCAUACCCAAAGUUAUGCGGCAAGCCGCAGGCGAGGACCCACAUAUCGAUGGCCACGUGGCGGCGCAUACUAGCCAGGAACACAGAUGAGUUCUGUCGCAAUACGACCAUACAUGGCCUGAAGUACAUCAAUAAUAGGAAAUUGCGCAGCAGCGACAGAGUGUUUUUUGGAGUCGCAAUGCUGGCGGUUGUCUCAAUGGCCGCCUACCUCAUACAUGACGCCUUCGACAAGUGGAACACCACCCCGGUGAUAGUGGGUAUUGAUCCGGAGCUCACGUACAUAACAAAUGAGCCAUUUCCCGCCGUCACCAUUUGCAAUCUAAACCAGGCCUUGUCCAGCAGAGUCGCGAUCCUAGCCAAUGACACGGCCGCUUAUGCGAUGCUGCAGGUGUUGUGCCGGCGCAAGGUGGAUUUUCAGCGGGUCAGCGAGGAUCGGACCAACUGGGAGGAGUUCAUAACUAAUAUAUCGCAGCCAUGCCAGUCGAUGGUCAUCGAUUGUCGCUUCGGCGCCGACGACUAUGAAUGCGCGAGGAUGUUCUAUCCAAUUGUCACCGAUGAGGGCCUGUGCUGUGUAUUUAACAUGCUGCAUCCACGUUACAUGUACAAACGCAGUGCUUCGUUCUCCCAACGAAAUAUGCCCUUACCCAAAGGCUACCAGGCUGUCAACUGGCAUGCGGAGCUAGGAUACAGACGCGGCGCCAAGUAUCCGGACAGUGUGCUGUAUCCGCGCCCGGCCCAGGGAACAGGCGAAUCGCUGGGCCUGUCUCUGACGCUGGACGUGCAGGCCGAUGCCUACUACUGUUCCUCAUCGAGCAGCAUUGGCUUCAAGAUCGCUCUGCACAGUCCCAACGAGUCGCCCAAUGUACGCGAGACGGGCGUCCUGCUGGCCCCCGGCAUGGAGACCAAGCUCCGCAUUGAUCCAGCGAAAAUCCGGACGGAAAAUCAUCUGCGCCGCGUCCACCGCAAAUACAGGCGUUGUCUGUUCCGCAAUGAGCUGAAGCUGCGAUGGUUUGCUCAUUACACGCAGCGCAACUGCGCCGCCGAACGCUUGUCGGGGCUGCUGCUCCGCCACUGCGGCUGUGUCUCAUUCUACAUGCCGCGCCUACACCGCAACGACACUAUCUGCUCGGUGGGGAAGAGGGAGUGCGUGCAGCGUAUUCGUUUCCGCACGAGCGAGGCGAUGGAGGAAUGCCUGGAUGACUGCUUGCCCAGCUGCUUCGAUCUGACCUUCAAUACGAUCGCCUACUCGACGAAGCUCUCGCACGACGGCCUCGCGGUGACCAAUCCGAAUCUCAGAGUCAACUUCAGCGACGCGUAUGUGGAGCGCAAUGUGGCGGUGGUGAAUAUGUACUUCAAGGACCAGUCAUUUCGGGCCAGCAAGCAGACAGAGUUUAUUGGCUUCUCCGACUUUCUCUCCAAUGUUGGUGGCCUGAUGGGGCUGUUCCUGGGCUUCAGUUUCCUCUCCAUAGCCGAGUGUCUGUACUUUGCCUUGAUCCGACCCUGCCGCACCUGCUCCGAACUGAGGCAGCUUCAACAGCAGCCGCAACAGCGGCCGCCAGUAGCUGGCCAUGCGACGAACAGGGCUUUUGUUCCAGGGAGCAUAAAUUAUAUUUCACCAUCCAAAUGGUUUCAAACCGAGUUGGCUCGUCCGAGGGGGCUCAACUACAACUACAAUCAUCCGGCUUAAAUAU